AGGGAGCCUCAAUAGACAAUAUCCAUUUCAAUAAUGUUUGAGGGGAUUACAAGAUUAGAGAUUGGGAAGUAAACAAGUACCUAGCCCUGCAAAAUAUUUGGAAACCCGCAUUUCUCUAUCAAUCGAAAUGUCAGAGGUCCGAGUGAACAUAAGAGCUGCAGAUAGACCAAGGGAUCCGGCCAGGUGGAGUGAGAUUGCUGUUGUUGUAUCUGCAUUAUCUGUUCCCGUCAUUGCUAAUGGAGAUGUAUUUGAUUAUGGUGAUUUUGAACGAAUUGAAGUUGCAACAGGUGCAUCAUCGGUGAUUGUUGCAAGAGGAGCUCUAUUGAAUGCUUCUGUUUUCUCUCCUGAAGGCAAAGGGUACUGGGAAGAGGUCAAGGGAGAUUGUGUCAAAAAGUUUAAGUUUGCAACGAACCAGGAAUCUUGGAGAGGAAAGGUAUCGUCAGUCGACGAAAAUCGGUUGUCUGUCGGGGGAAGCACAAAGAAAUUUUUAUCGCUUGUUUAAAAAUUAAAAUUUUAUAAAAAUUUAAUUUAAUUAUUUUUUUUUUUAUAAAUUUUCAUAUUUAAAAUAAGAAUUUAAUUUUUUUUAACUUAAAAAUUAUUUAUUUUAUUAAAAAUAAAAAUUAAAUAUAAUUGUCUUUUCUUAUAAAUGUUUUAUUCCAACGAAAGAAAGCCAAUAGUACCAAAUGAUUUUUUACAUGAAAGGAAGACUGCCUACUAGCUUUUUGUAAGUACCGAUUAUAGCCACUGAAAUUUUGGAGUCGCAUACUUGUUGAGUAUGCAAGGAAUGUGAAAUAUGGAGAGAGCCAUAGAACUUUAAUUCAAAACGAGCAAUAGGUAUAUUAUUAUUAUGUUGAAAGAAGGGAUAUCUUACAUUCCUCUCAAAAAGGGAUAUGAUUAGCAUUUUUUGAAGCAUCACUCUUGAAUGUUUUUGUGGAAAAUAGCUAAAAUUUACUCUUAUGCUGCAUUAUUAA